AGACUGUCUGCAAAAAAUGAAUGUGUUUCUACCUUCACCCUUCCCCUGACCCGUACAGAAUGUUGUACAUUAGACAAUAUUAGUACUGGUAUAAUAGUAUACUCGUCAGCGUCGACUUGAUGUAAUUCGGUUUUUCAUUCGCGGUAGAAUGACUUAGUUUCAUCUUUACUACAACUAGAUGACAUUAACAGCGCGGCGUAGCCAUGGCCUUGAUGUUAGUUGAAUGAUUUCAUGGAUCGUGGUCGUGCCUUACUCUUGAUCUCGUCGGGAAACUCCCGUUUGGAUUCUACUUGAAUUUCUUUAUCAUGUGAUUGAAACAGAAAAUAUAAUGGACGGCUUUCGUGAAUUCCGCGACGUUAAGGAUUUCCUUAAAGGAAAUGGUGCCCAAAUCCCAGACGACGUGACUACGGUGCUUCUCGGUGAGUGCACUCACGGCACCCACGAAUUUUACCAAUUGCGAGCUGAGAUAACGAAGUAUCUCAUUGAGGUACUUCAAAUUCAAUUUCAUGUUGGUGUAAAGUUGAUUUUUUUUUCUCGAUGCUUUUCAUCCUGUGAAGACUUGUGUAGGUUGCUCCUUUUCAUCUUGUGAGUGUAGGUCGUCGUCGUGUUCGAUUAGACUUCUUUUCGUGCAUCUGUGUGGUUAAUGUUAGAAAUAGUCUCAACAUGACUACUUUUAUCAGUUUCACCAUACGUCCACUUUUGCAGUUCAAGAAGUUCACGUGUGUGCUGUGUGAGUCGGAUUGGACGUUCAUGUGGCACAUGAACCAGUAUGUUUAAGGCUCUAGUCCCGCCAAAUGCAUCUUUGAAAACGCAUCCCCAAAUACUUUUUCUAGGGUAAAUAUAUAGUUCCUGUAAGAACAUCAGUUGUUGGCUGUCUCUAUCAUCAUCAUCAUCAUCAUCAUCAUCAUCAUCAAAAGAAAUAGACCGCCGCAGACAUGCCUUGUUUCCACCACGACAAAGAUUAAUUUUAUGAUUAUAUAUGAAUAUGUUUUAGAGCUGCACGGCAUCCCCCCCGUGGUAUGGUCUGUGGUGGAGCGCGCGCGCGCUUUUCCGCGCUGAUUUUCGCGGAUUCUAGUGGUGGAAGGCGUCACAACUUGGCGCAGGCGGUCCCUUGCGCCUCUCUCCGUGUUCCUCAUGGACCUCCUGGCCUCUGCUGACCCUCGCAGGCGGGAGGGCUCCGGGGUAAAAGGCCGCCGAAGGCGGCGACGGUCGCAAGAGCCAGCAAGCCGAUGACCAAGGGCCCGGAGGGUACAGGCCGCACGGCUCAGGGGGUCCAGCCCCUCGCCUUUUGCCGCCUUCGGAGGCAUUCCACAACCGGCGCGCUGCUGCGGCGGCGAAGCAUAUCGGAGGCACUCAGGGCACAAGCAGGCACCUGGAAGGGGGCGCAGGCGGUCCCUUGGGCCCGUUUUGAAGCCUCCCACCUACCUCGGAGCAGGCCUUUAGGGAACAGCCAGGCAGCUGGAAGGGAGCGGAGGCGGUCACUUGGCCCCCUUAUUUAGAGGCCUUCCACCCCCGGCAGACGCCUGAAAAAGGGGCCCGGGGCUGCGCGGUGCCCUCCCCCCUACGCUAGGGGGGGGCGCCGUCGCCUUGCGCCCUGGGUCAUAUAUAAUUUUAGGUAAAAAGGUCCUCUUCCUCAUCCUCUAAUAUUGGCACCGGAAGAAAAGCAAGAUGUUUCCCGACAGUAUUCGGUUUCCUGACUGGAUGUGGAAAAACGAACCAUUUCACGACUUAGUGGAGUGGAUGCGGCGAAGAGCAAGCUCUGAUGGCCCCUAUCUUUUUGGACUGGAUUGCUACUGUCGCGAAGAAUCGAAAGAGGAGUGUUUGAAAUUUUUCGACUUCCACGAUAGAGAAGGCUUGGGAAAGGACUUCCGAAAAACCUUAUAUCCGAGAGAACGGCCUGAUUUGUGGCCGCAGAUAUUGUCCAAGCUGCAAUGGGAAAUAGGGGAAGACGAUAAUUAAGGCUCAACUUCUUUCAUUGGUCACCAUUUAGAUCGGGGUCACUGAGUAGAUCGAAGAGGGGCGCCCGUCAGUGAGAGAACAGGGGAAAAUGAAGGAAAAACAAGGGGAAAGGCGUGGCGCCCUUUUCUUUCAGAAUCAAUGACCACUGAGUGUCGACCUUUAAGACAAGAAAAAUAAAAUCCUCCAAUCCUCGCUGAGCAGAAAAGGAAGCAGUUGUAUCUUUUUUAGCUUUAGGCUAGAGUUGGAGUGUCAGUUUUUUUCAUCCUGCUCUCCUGUUGCUGCUUCCUUGCAAAGUUCCUUUUUACCUACAAAUUUUAUCGACAAAGACGAGAAACCCCAGCAAAGAUCAUCAUCCGCAACUAUAGCAACUACGAUGAAUCUGAAUUAUACCACAACAUCUUCAAUCACAGCCCUCGGCGACCGCACGACCGCUGAUGGAUCUAGAGGUGGCGUUUUGCUCUCGUCUUCCAAAUUUCGCGGAUGCUCAAAGCUGGAUCAGUUCAACGCUGAGCAAAACCUAGAGUGUAUGAUCGCAGCUGACGAGUACUACUCGAAACAGCGACUGGAACCGCCAGGCUCUCGCGCCUCGUGGAAUGCGAGAGAUCAGCACAUGAUGACAACCAUCAUGAGGCUGAAGGCCAACUCGCAGGAACUUUUUGGUACAGUUAUUUCUACUUUUGCAGUUGCUGUAGUAACAACCUUGUGUUUUUAUCAUCCAUGAAUAAUUGCAACACUCAGUACUGAUGUAUAUUUCUUAUACUUUGUGUCAGUUCUUGCCCACUAUCUGCGAUGAAGGUGAUUUUCUUCACGAUAUAUAAUGAUGCUCAUCUUUCUCUCUCUUCAUUUUUCUAGGAAUUUAAAUUUUUGAUCAUUCAAGAAUAGUGCGACUUCACUAAGUUUCUGUUUGAAUGUUGAAGUUCGCUUUGUUACCUCAACUCACGAUAGUUCUUUCGGUCUCUACAACUAGGUAUCCCUGAGAACGAGCUGAAAGUGGUUGUCUGGGCUCACAACAGCCACGUGGGAGACGCCACCGCAACGCCGAUGGGCGGGGAAAACUUUCUUAGGAACGAGAAGUGGAAUCUUGGUCAAAUGUGUCGAUCCACCUUAGAAAACGUCUUCAUUGUGGGAUUCUACAGCUACCACGGUGAAGUUCGUGCGGCUCACAAAUGGGGCGCCGACGGACAGGUGAUGAAGCUGCAGAAAGGUCUGCCCGCCAGUUUGGAGGCGUGUUUGCACAUGCGAUUUAAAGGCAAGCAGGGGUAUUUUGCAGCAGGGAGCUUCAUCUCUGAAGACACCGAAGCGCCCAGUGGGAGCGCUUUAGCACGCGCACGAAGCUCUCAGAGGAACAGUCGAGCAGCAAAAAAGUCAAAACCCUCAUCAGGCUCCAGUGGGGGAGUCGUCGUUGGCACUUCUGCCGCCAGCUCAUCGAGCGUUUCAUGCGACUACGCGCCUGGGCCCUUGCAAGUUCCCUAUAGAUGCGUGCACACAGAAGUCUACGCCACACCCGAUGUGCAACCACCCGGUCGUGGCUCGGAAGAGGGUAGUGCAGCGAAGAGGCGGAAGCUAGACCCGUCGGUGCCUUUCGUUGGGGUAAAGAGGUACUUCUAGUUGUACUACUAGUGUCUAAUAUUCCUAAGUUGUGCCUGAUUGAAUUGCGAGAAGAUUCCAUUUUUGUGCAGGCGUCCGGAUCCGGUCUUCGAUUUGUGAAUAUGAAGAUCAUAUUCCUGAAAUAUCCGAGGUUAAGAUCAUUAAAACUCUUCAUUAUAAUUUUUCUUCGCGACGACCUCCACGUCCACAAGAAGAACAACGAACCUAGUUGUACACAUGAUACACUAGGCAAACCAUCGAGGGAACUCAGCGCUCGCUAGCACAGGUGCGGUUGCAGAUCCAGAACUACGAUUCUGCUGGUGCUCUUGACGGUUGGUGGGUUACUGAGGCUUAUCCCGGUCGCGACGCUGUCCGAAGAACAAGUCAGAUCCAGUGUCUUCCUGUUUCCACCAUCGACAAACUUGAAGGCGGAAAGCAGCCCUUCACUUCCGAAGGCUGCGCACUGUUGUCUAAUCAUCCCCUCCUGCAGCGCUGGGUCGGGGUCCAGUAUCAUCCAGAAACUGAGUUUUCGUCGCAUUACGGAGAGAUGUGUGUCGGCAGAUGCUAUGAUCUCAUUGUCUUUGUGGACAAGACAAACGCGUUGAGCGUAAAGAUUCCUGAGCGAGUACCUGUAGCGGACCAAUUACGUGAGGAGCAAAGGAGCAGCGCGGGCGGAACUGAGAAUAAUCCCAGCAGUAGCGCUGCUCCACCCGCGGUCGUGGGUUCCUUUGCAGGCACGAUUAAGAAUAUCAAAGAAGCGAUGAAGCCGUCAAGAACGAUGAGUGAGGAAGCGGGAGCUUCUUCUGCAUCAUCAAGCAGCCAGAAAAAACAAUUGACCGCGGAGCAAGAAAGCGGGCAGGUGAACAAGCGACUUCUGACGGAGUUUCGCCGCAUUCUGAAGAAUCCAAUUGAAUACAUCGACGCACGGCCUCUAGAGACUAAUCUCCUAGAGUGGCACUUCGUAAUCUCAGGCGUGCAAGACCCGUACACAGGAGGAAAAUACCACGGCAUCUUGGAGUUUCCGCCUGAUUUCCCGAUGAAGCCGCCAAGUAUCAAAAUGCUCACGCCCUCUGGACGUUUCGAGAUCAACAAGCGCAUUUGUCUCUCAAUGUCCGAUUUUCACAAGGAGAGCUGGAACCCAGCGUGGACGAUCGAAAAAAUCCUCAUUGGUUUAAUGAGUUACAUGUACGAGGAGACAAACGAAUCCAUCGGAAGCAUCUUGGUUAUGGCCGGACGACUAAGUACUUGACCUUGGACUGCUUAAUAUCCUGACAACUAACUUAAAUUGUAAUGAACAUGAAGAACUUCAAGAACUUCGACCCGAAGAACAAGAAGCCUUGGCCUACUUAUUACAUUACUUACAAGUGCUACUGCUACUGAUCCUGUUCUGCCUUUAUUUUUUCACAACAUGGAUGCACGACGAUGGUGGAAGCAGGCAGACACUUGGUGUUGUAUUAUCAAAAAUGAACGUAGUUUGAACAUGAACUUGAAGGUAUUAUAUAAUAAUAUACAUACUAUUAUCGAACGGAAACCCUCUUUCACUUUCAAAAAACCAAAAUUUUUUCAUAUCGCCCUUAUUACCAUUAGAAAAUAGGUAGUUUAUUAAUUAAGUAGCUUUUUAAACUAGCUAGUUAAGAAAUUGGCGUGGCUGUGGAGCGAGCAGGCAGCUCUGUCCGGCGAGUGGCAAGAGUGGCUGCCUCACGUGGAUGGCAGGACUCUCCACAGGAUGGCAAGAAUGAGAUGAAACUGAAGAAAUUUGAUGGCUUUGUGGUGUGCGGCACCGUGGUGCCGCGCACCGAGAUAGAGUCAAAUUUCUGCCGUUUCAUCACAUUCUUCUCAUCCAGUGAAGGCUUCUGCCAUGGUACCUGUCGCAACCACCCUUGAUGCUACCAGCCGGACAGCUCCACCUGCUCCUCCGCAGCCACACUUGCCACUUAACUAGCUAAUUCAACUACAUACUUAAACCCAAUAGCUACUUUUAAGCCUCUAUACAAGGAGUAUGAAAAAAAUUUUGGUUUUUUGAAAGUGAAAGAGGUUUUCUGAUCGAUAACUAUUACUAAUAAGUGAGACAUUGACAUCAAGUAACGAUGAAACCCCUGAAUAUGAAAAAAUCCCAGCCAGCGUUCAUACUUAAAAGCAAGGAGGAUCGACGGCGAUAUGCCAAGGCCAGCAGCUAUUUUAACGCCCAGAAUGAGAUUUAUGUGGAGCUUUUUCAUGCAGUGGAGGAAGAAGAGCAGCAGGAGCAGCUACAGAAGCUGCGGACGCUGUGGAAGGCCAACGAGGUAGCCGGCGAUGCUGGGUCUGCAGUUAGUGAGAAGGCCUGCCGGUACUGUUUCGUAGACACUGGCGUUUUGGUGGCGCCUUGCGAAUGCCGCGGCAGCACCCAAUGGGUCCAUUUGCAGUGCCUGCGGCAGUGGCAGAAGAGCAUUCUCGUUACGCAGAGCACUCACCCGCGCUAUCAAACCAGGAUAGAUGAGAUUUGCAACAUCUGCGACCGCCCUUUCAAAAAAGAGUUCCAGGCGCCGUCAAGGAGAGACACGAUCCUCGAAUACACGGGUGAGGACAUCCCCCAAUUAAUCGUGAAGGGCAACUUGCUAGUCAGCUCGCGGCCCAAAAGCGAGAAGAACUUCGAAAUCAUCGAGAAGCAUCCGGAUAUCGCGGACAAACUUUUGCACUUCACAGAGAGCGUCUACCUGAUCUGCCUUUGCGAGCCCUACGACCCCAACAAACGCGGAGGCGGUGCCCUUUUGGCGAUUAACUGCGCAAACAACCGCUUGCUGGACCGACUGCCCGAUCGGGUCAACCGCGCUUUACCAGGAGACCGGUACGAAUAUUUCGUUUCGCCCAAGCAAAAGUGGGAUCAGGACUACAAGCAGACCGUGGAUGCGCUUGUGGUGCUUGGAAUUCUUGUUAAGGCGAAAAGAUAUAGUUGCAGAAGCAUUGUUUUUCUUACAACCAACUUGCAUUUGUAUUUCGAUUUCGUAAAUCAUAAUCGUGAAAAUUUCAAGUCCUAUUAUUGGUCGUUCGUCUAGUAAUUCGUCACCUGUUCAUCUCUGACCGUAUAAACCACUUAUAUUCUAGCUCUAAUUGCGACCCAGUCGAGCACCGCAUUGGGGGUCCUGUAGAACCGGCUGAGGCCUUCGGCUUGAUUGACUUGCCGGCGUUGACAGAUGCUAGCUUGUUGCAGGAGAAGGUAGACGAGAGAGAUUUGGUUGAUUAUGUAACGAGCUGUUUGCUAGCACAGCAAGAUGAAAAUGGUGGAGAUGAAUUUCCUGUUGAUGAGGAAGUACAUCUACAUGCAGCUGGUCGUGAGGUGGUCUACGACGCGUCUUCUUCAGGUCGUGGUCGUGCAAGUCGUGGAGGUUCUCUUUCAGGUCUACUCGGAGGUGGUGGAGCGCGCAAAAGUAGUCGUAGCUCUUUGGCUUCAGGAGGUGCAUCAUCCACUGGCAAGAAAAGGAUCCAAGCCAGUUUGAGUACGGUUCUAUCGAUCGCGAGUUCCGAUCCUUUGUCAUGGCAGAUGGCUCAGAAGUUGCGAAUCAAAAACACGCUCUUCGGUGGGGAUUUGUCGCUCAUCAUCGCUCUGAUUUGCAAUGUUUGGGCACGAAAGAAGAGCCGAGAAUUGCGUACAUCAGGGACGACGACUUCUACUGGGACAUCAUCAAAUAUUAAUCGUGGAGCUACUGCUGGUGCAACCUCGUCGAGGAGUUCCACCUCGACGAGGACGAGGAGCAUGAAUCACGACAGCGAGACUGGGAGUCAAAUUGUUGGAGGCCUAAAACUCUUUUGGGGUUAUGCCAGCUGGAAUGCCACGCAGCUUUUGGGGGAAAUUGCGCGUCGUAGCUGGGGUCUGGUGGUGUCCUCCAGUGACUUGUCCUUUCAACACUGGAAUCGAACGCUUGGGGAGUGGGAAGACCUAGUAGAUAACAGCGUAGUCGCCAAAGAAAGCGAAUAUGCUGCGUAUUGAGGUACUAGUAGCGGCGAAAAAUACAUAUUUUUGUUUUUGAGCAAGUUGUAGAUGAAGAUCUCCUGGCUACUGGUCUACUUGUUAAACAUCGUCUUGUCCAUUCAUCAAUAUUGAGCAAGUAGAUGAAGAUGCUGCUCCUGAACCUGAUGGCAAGAACAACUACAACUACAUCUACAACUAGUUAGAAGAGGUUUUGUGUAUCUAUAAGUUUUCUUUUAAUUGAUAAUCAGAAUCAGUUCCUCCUGCGGCUGUGUGUUUUUUCUAGUAGGGAAAAAUCACAUAGCAGAUUUUUCACUUUCUAUCGCUUUGAUACAUUCAACAGCACAUAUUGAUUCACUUAGACAUUACGAAAUAUUUCUCCGCGGCGAUUGUCUUCACUGUCAUGUAGUGCUGUGAACAACAUAUAAGGGUAAACGUCAAAGAUAAGGAUGACGAUGGUAAAGAACUUCCUACGAAAACAAGCGUGUGCAAAGACGUGCUGGGCACAAUUGUAGAAAAGAAGAUAGGGCAGAGGCACACGCAGAUCAGAGUAGACUGCUCAAUGAAAUGUUGUAAAGUUGAAGUUGUAGAUCAAAUACAUAAGUAGACUGACAUUACAACUCGUUGAACAACGCGAAGUCAGGAGCUGAUGAAUGCUUCCAAGCCCCUAGAUGAAUUGCAGACCUUUAUGGCUCAUAUAGACAAACAAUAACAAAUUUAUAGUUCGUUGUACUAAAAAAACCUCAACACUAUGUUAUUCUCGAUGCAAUUUUUGAAGACGCAGGAGACGCUGUUCUGGCACAGAAGAUGAUGAAUACUUGUUUUGCUUUGACGGUGGCAAAUCGAAAUCCAAAUAGGAACUUUAGCGCUGAUCGACUUUGGUGGACCAGCAAUUAUGAAUGCUUGUAAGAAUAGUUUGGUCGAAUUCGAACAGGAGUUAUGUGCGUGAUGAAGGAGCUGCAAGUCGUGAAACAUUAACAUGAUGAAUGAAUUAUCGGAUGCUUUUGCCAUUGCCACCAUUUUUAUGCAGUACUAUCUACUCUACUAACUCCAUGGUCGCUGGCCCUCCUGGUGCUACAUGAUCAUCAGAGCUGAAACUUCUACUUAAUACUUGCAGCCGGCCUAUAGGAUUAUAAUAGUGACCCUGAAACAGAAACGCCAAUUCUUUCGAUGAAGAUGAAGGCGAGGACACACGGUAUCAUGAAAUGACAAGACAUCGAAAUGAACAGUCAAGCAGAAAGAGAAUUGCAUGUUUUGGUAAUGACCUUCAGAUAAAGUGGUGCAUCAUAAUUCCAGUUUCAUCACGACCACGUCUACUUCAAGAUUUGAAGAAGCCAUGACGCUUUAUUCCUGUUGCUGUGCAGUGAGUGGGUUAAAUUACUUACUACCAAUGACAAUUCAACAGCAACAAGCUAGAGUAGCGGGCAGAAGUCGCCAGGGACAUCAAUCUUAGUCAGCUUGCCGAAUAGAUUCGCGCCGUCUCUACUAGGUGGGGCUGCCAAACUCUUAGUAGCACAUCUUACCAAGGUCAAGAAGUUUAUCCGUCUGCGAUUUCUCAGGAUGAGUAAAAAGAAUGGGAUUUGCAAGAUCACGACAUGAAAAAUUCUAAAGAGAGAGACGAUUUCUGUCCGACUGAUAAAAUCUGAAGCGUUAAUAUUUGAGUCGACGUGUGAGUACAAGAGUUGAGGACAGGAGCACGAGGG